GUGUUCAAAAUGGCAACCGAAUUGUUGGUGGUACUCAAGUACGUCACAAUAAAUAUCCUUGGAUGGCUCAACUCCUCAAGGGUUCAAGGAAUUUAUUCUGUGGUGGAGCUUUGAUCAAUGAUCGUUACAUUCUAACAGCUGCUCAUUGUAUUCAUAAUAAUAAUUGGCAGUCAAUGUCAGUUCGUUUGCAACAAUUUGAUCGUACUACAUCGGCUUCAAGUGGAAUAACACGAAAGCUUUCAAAUGCUAUAGUGCAUGAAAAAUACAAUCCAACAACUGUUGAAAAUGAUAUUGCUCUAUUGCGAUUGGAUUCACCAGUUCCAUUAACUGAGCCUCUUAGACCAAUUUGUUUGCCAUCAGCUAACCAGAACUUUGAUUUGAAACAGGGUAUUGUUGCCGGUUGGGGACUAACCAGAGAAAAUGGACGAGUAUCUACAAUUUUGCAAGAAGUUACUGUGCCAAUUAUUACUAAUGCCCAAUGUAGGGCUACACAAUACAAAUCAAAGAUUCUAGAAACUAUGUUGUGUGCUGGUGUUGUGUCUACUGGUGGAAAGGAUGCUUGCCAGGGAGAUAGUGGUGGUCCAUUGGGAGUCAUGGAUAAGACCAUGAAAAUUGCCGGUGUUGUUUCAUUCGGUUAUGGCUGUGCUAAACCAAAUGCUCCUGGAGUCUACACUCGUGUUUCCAAAUAUUUGGAUUGGAUCAGCAAGAAUACUGCUGAUGCAUGCUAUUCAUGUGGUGUAUCAAAUAACAACCGAAUUGUUGGAGGUGUGGAUUCGGAAGUUAACAAAUAUCCUUGGACUGCAAUGUUCUUUUCAAGAGGAAAUUUUCGAUGUGGUGGUUCUCUGAUAAAUAACAAAUAUGUUCUUACUGCUGCUCAUUGUGCUAAUCCUUCGGAAGCUUCAAAUUAUGAAGUUCAUUUUUUACAAAACAGAAUUGAUACCAAAUCAUCGAAUACAAUAACGCGAAAGAUUAGUCAAGUGAUUAUGCACCCGAAUUAUAGUGCCAGGACUUUGGAGAACGAUAUUGCCCUACUGAAGCUUGAUCAAUCUAUUCCAUUCGAUGAUAACAUUCGACCAGUUUGUCUUCCAAAUGCUCUUACUUCACACACUGGGCAGAAUGCAAUUAUUGUGGGUUGGGGAGCACAACAAGAAAAUGGAAGAGUAUCACAACAAAUUCAAGAAGUCUCCGUGCCAAUUAUAACCAAUAAACAAUGUCGGGAUUAUGGACUGAAGGUUACAGGAGGAAUGAUUUGUGCCGGUGUUCAAGAAGGAGGAAAGGAUUCUUGUCAAGGUGAUAGCGGUGGACCAUUGCAUGUUGUUAGUAAUUCGAAGUUCACUCAAGCUGGUAUUGUUUCGUGGGGUAUUGGCUGUGGUGGGCCCAAACGACCUGGAGUAUACACAAAAAAGAUGAUGAGAACUAUUAAUUGUAGUGUAAACUGGUGUAAUUUAUUAAUUGUUCUCCUUGUUUUAUGUGAGUUUUCUGUGAUAUCGGCAUUUAAUGGUACUUUUGGAUUAGAAUAUGAAACACAAUCAUCAUCAUCGUUGGAAACAAAUAAUAGAACUGGACGUUUCUUUUUUGAUUCGAUUUUUGGAAUAGGAGCAGGAAUUAGCAGUGCAUUGGGAUAUGAGACAACAGAUGGUGAUGAAGAUGCCAAUGUUGAGAGUCUUGUGAAGACUUGUGAUUGUGAUUGUGGAUAUUCAAAUGAAGAAAUACGAAUUGUUGGUGGUAAGCCAACAGGCGUCAACCAAUACCCAUGGAUGGCUCGAAUAGUCUACGAUGGUAAAUUCCAUUGUGGUGGCUCACUUCUUACCAAAGACUAUGUCAUAACAGCGGCUCAUUGUGUGAAGAAGCUUCGAAGAUCGAAAAUUCGUGUAAUAUUCGGUGAUCAUGAUCAACACAUUACCACAGAAUCCAAAGCCAUACAAAGAGCAGUUACAACAAUUGUCAAGCAUCGCAGCUUCGAUCCGGAUACCUACAAUAAUGACAUAGCUCUACUGCGCCUAAGAAAACCCAUCAUAUUUUCGAAAAUAAUGAAGCCCAUUUGCUUGCCUCGACUCAACUAUGACCCAGCUGGUAGAACGGGAACCGUUGUCGGCUGGGGACGGACAUCUGAAGGUGGUGAACUACCAGCGAUAGUUAACCAAGUUAAGGUUCCAAUUCUAACGAUAACCGAGUGCAGGAAUCAAAAAUACAAAAGUAGUCGAAUUACUUCGAGUAUGUUGUGUGCGGGUAGAUCGAAAAUGGACUCGUGCCAGGGUGACAGUGGUGGACCGCUUUUACUCUCGAAUGGAGUCAAAUAUUACAUUGUAGGCAUUGUUUCGUGGGGUGUUGGUUGCGGGCGAGAUGGAUACCCUGGAGUGUAUACGAGAGUCAGUAAAUUUAUUCCAUGGAUAAAGGCAAACUUGGAAAACACUUGUUUGUGUACAUAUUACAGAAAGGAAAUACGUGCUGCCAUCAUGUGUCAGUGUUUUUAUCUUAUUGUGUUGUUAUCCAUGUUGAUUGGAUUAAGUUCAAGUGACGAAGCAACAACUACGAAUAAUGUUCGAGGCAACUUUGAAGCGUAUCCUCAGCAAAAAGGAUUAGAAUUGCCGAGGAUGCCGACACCGAUUAAGAAUUUUCUUGGAGUAUUUAAUAGAAAUUCAAAUAGACAACCAAUUUCUGAAAAUUAUGAAAAUGUUUGUCAAUGCAGGUGUGGUGAACCAAAUGACGAGACACGUAUUGUAGGUGGAUCGAACAGUGGCACCAACGAAUAUCCAUGGAUGGCACGUUUAAGUUAUUUUAAUCGAUUCUAUUGUGGCGGAACUCUUAUCAACGAUCGAUAUGUCUUAACUGCUGCUCAUUGUAUUAAAGGGUUCAUGUGGUUCAUGAUCAAGGUCACAUUUGGAGAGCACGAUCGAUGCAGUGAUGCCAUUCGACCUGAAACUCGCUUUGUCUUACGUGCUUUUAGCCAGAAAUUUAGUUUCUCCAAUUUCGACAAUGACAUAGCGCUAUUGCGUCUGAAUGAUCGCGUCCCUAUAACAAGUUUCAUCCGGCCGAUUUGUUUGCCAACAGUUGAAGAUGUUAACUAUGUUGGAACAAAGGCCAUGGCUACCGGAUGGGGUACACUAAAAGAAGACGGAAAGCCAUCUUGUUUGCUGCAGGAAGUCGAAGUACCUGUUAUUGCCAAUGACAUUUGUGUCAAAGAUACAAAUUACACACAAAAGAUGAUAACUCAGAAUAUGAUGUGCGCUGGUUAUCCGGGCGUGGGAAAACGCGAUUCAUGUCAGGGUGAUUCCGGAGGUCCAUUGGUAGCGUUGAGACCGGAUAAACGUUAUGAACAAAUCGGCAUUGUAUCGUGGGGCAACGGAUGUGCUCGACCUCAUUAUCCCGGUGUAUAUACAAGAGUAACAAAGUAUUUGAAAUGGAUAAAUGAGAAUUCAAGAGACGGAUGCUUCUGUAAUGAAUGAUAGAGAGAAUUAUCGUUGGUGCCCUAUAUAAAUAAUAAUGAUUUAAGAUUUUAAGUGAUUCUAGUUAAAGCUGAUAAUUAUUAUG